AUCAAAGUAGUCAUGGCAAUGCAAGGUCGUAAACUGGAAAACUGUCGUGAUGUUUGAGUUGCCAUUUCGCCAUGCUAAUAUGAAGGCUUAACUCGAGACUUUUAAUCGACUUUCUAUUGAUACCUUUCAAAGAGGAUAUCCGGACAUUUGGAAUGACAUAAAAGCGCUGUUUCAAGGUAUGGAAGUGUCAUGCGAAGCUACUUGGCUAGCAACAUUUACAGCACUUCGUGGAGUUGCUUCCCUCACCCCAGCUGUACAUGGAAGCCUGAGGAUGAGUCAGGGGUCUAACCUUAGAGAAUACGUAUCCCACAAUCCUCCGGGGACAACUUUCUUCCUGUGCCUCUUAACUCUUGCAUUCUCAUUCAUCGUUCUCAGCUCUUAUAGCUACUCUCACUCUCUACCUAACCCUGACAUAGAACAGGACUGGAAUACUCUACUUUUGUCCUUCUCAACGUUUCACUUGUGUGAGAAGGAAAAUGCAAGUUCUCCAGCCCACACCUCCCCAAUUUCUCCACUACAAACGAUCCAGGAAAAGGAUAAGAAAAUAUCAAUAAAUGCAACAAGAAGUUCUUCUGUUAAGGAUUUGCAUCUUCACGUUCCUCUGGCUGUGAUUUCUUCCUCACCGAGUGGCACGCUGAAAGACAUUGUUCUGUUCACAACAUUAACAGCCAAACAGCUUAAGCUUGGAGAUAAAGAACUUGUCAGUUUGGCAUUGAGGAUCUUAUCUGAAGACAGUGAGCACAUAUGUCUCACAAUAAGGGCUCCAACACACAUCCUACCUAUGACUCCGCUCCCUCCAACGUGCUCUGUGUCAGAGUCAAAUAUUUCAAGAGUUCCUGUGGAAGUGACCAAUCAGCUGCCAGCAUCAUCUCAAACCUGCUACAGUAUGCACUUUAGGAAAGACCCAUCCUUGACCGUCAUGUUAACUCUGGAAGAGCAAGGUGUGGCGGUGAAACAUCUGGUGGAAGUCAGCGUGUCUCUGCUUGGUGUUUGUUUGAUUCUCUGUAUAGCUGCAAGCUUGAAAACCUCCGUCCCGCACCGAGAUUAUCUUGCAGGACAAAACUCUCAAAGUGAACCUUUGAUUGAAAGCUGAAGAGGUGUUACAGUCCUACACAGCGAGGAAAUUCUUUGGCGGAAGAAACAGCAAAAUAUUUCACGACAUACUCGUUUACAUGGUGUUGUUUGCAUUUUACUAAAUACUUUUCAUUGCUGCUGACCUUGUAACAAGUGCACUUUGUUGUCCUAAAUAAAGUAAUUAUAGAAAUACACUUCUUAAGCUUGGCAUACACAGGCAUCCGAAUUAUGUAAAUGUUUGUAAACGUUUUAGUACAAAUCACAAGUUGCAAUGUGACUGUGGUUUCGUAAAGACCUCAGAUAGCAGGUGCAACAUGUGUUGUGAAUAUGAGUUCCCUGACUACAUAAUUGUACAAAGUGUACAUUUCUUUCUAUGUUUUAAUUGAAUGAACUUUGUAUAUUAAGGCCAACUGCUUUGCAAAGAAAAUUUGGUAUCUUAAUUUUAAUGUGAAUGAGAAGAACUGGUAUUGUAUUAUCAUUGAAGCAUUCCAGGUAAAUUUGGCGAGAAGGCGUUCAAUUAAUGUCUGUGUUUGGCAGGUUGUAUCAUUAAAUAUUUUCGAACACAAA